AUGUACGAUCCUCAUAUGCAACACUCGCAACCGCUACCACCACCUCCAUCGUCUCAGACCAUGGCUCCCCGACGACGCACCGACGACGACGACGAGUCGGAAGACAAGCUCAGCUAUCUGCCUGGCUCUGGGCCGAGCAUGCCCGACUACGGCUAUGAUUACCCGCCCCCGCCCGGAUUUGUCACUGCGUUCUGGAAUCCGUACGAGGUUAAGCACCGCCGCCGCACCUCGCGUGCCCAGCUCUCUGUGCUCGAGCGCGAGUUCGAGACCGACCCCAAGCCCAAUGCCGACAAGCGCCGGUCGCUGGCCGCCCAAUUGAACAUGACACCGCGUGCGAUCCAGGUAUGGUUCCAAAACAGGCGUGCAAAGAUCAAGGCUAUUAAGAACAAGAUUCCCGGUGGUCGAGGUAUGCCCAAGCUCAAGCCUGGCGAACGUGCUGCUGCUAGAGCCAGCCGGGCUGCGAGCACCUCGGCCACGGAGACUGGGCCACACUCUCCGAGCGAAGACAAGUCGGACGAGAACGGGAACGAUGCAUGGGUACACCUCUCGCCCGACGAGUCUCCCAUGUCCAGCCCUGGCGAACAGAACUUCCCGCCUGAAAAGCCCCAAUUUACCAUAUCGGUCCCGACCAACCAAGACCAGUCGCUCUCUGACCCUCCGAGCCCCUCCUUCCCAGCUGUGCCUGGCCCUGAUACCCUCGCUCCACCCUCGGCUGCCGCCAUGCUUCGACGUGGCUCUGCUCCAGCCCCGCUACAGGGCAUUCAUCGCGCACGCUACAGUGUCUUUAACAAUACGCGCCCAGUCAACGGCAACGAACUCGAGGUGGCCAUCCCCCCGUGUCGCCUAUUUCUCCACCCGACCACGAGGUUGCGCCUCUGCGUCGUCCAGCAGUCGGUCUCGGUCGUCGCCCUUCGCUCCCAGACUCGCACCUCCGUCUCCCGGCGCAUCCUUACUACCCACACGCUGGACAAGAGCAAGAGUCUCAAUCCCAGUACCCGCCGUUACCGACCAUGCUCCCACCGGCCCCGACCGUCGGGUCGUCCAGGAUGUACAGGACACUCCCCCAGGAAUGGGUGCUGUCCCGGCCGCACACGAUCUCCCCACCCAGCUUCCUGCUCGCCCGUCUACCACAUCCACAUGGACUCCCAGCGUCCGUUUGCUGUGCCCGUCGCCGGCCCGCUCCCCGCAGCCGACUUUUCCUUUGGUGCACCCGAACCGGGCCACGGCGACGCGUUCAAUCGUGUCAUCAGCGAGGACCCUAGCGCCGGAGACUUUGGAAACCAGGAAUUCAAUCAUUCUCAAGAGUUCAACGACUUUGUUGCCGGUUCUCAAAUGUGGGAUGCUAGGACCCGAUUUGGAAGUAUGGCUUCCAUUGCCUCUGAUGUUACCGGCGUCUCGAUAUCGAGUACCCAGGCAACGAGCGUCAGCGGUGGCUUGGGCACGGCUACAUUCAACAACAAUAAUAACAACGCCGCCGAAUGUUCGCCCAAUGACGGAUUCUACGGCUAUCCCAAUGGCUUUCAGCCUGACCUUCGUCGUGCGAGUUGCCCCGGAGAAUUCCUACACCAAUUCUCAGGAAUGGGCGUCACGUCUGACUCUUCCGCUCCUGUUCGACCGUCUCCACUCGGCCGUAGUCUCACCAUCGCGCCUGAUUCCCGCGGGUUGACCAUGGUGAACGAAGCCAAGUCUCUCAGGAGCCCGACUUUCCCACCCGGACAUGUGGACCCCACGUAUCCUCCCCCGCAACCUGGACAUGCCCAAGACCAGGACGACGGGCAGCAAGCGAUGGUUUCGCCGACGGGCCAACCCAUGAUCUUGCCCAACGGCCAACAACAAAUGGUGUCUUCCCCUUCGAAUCAACCUUUGAUUUCGCCUACGAACCAGACGAUGAUGUCACCGUCUAACCAGCCGAUGCUGUCGCCCUCGAACCAGUCCAUGCUCACCCCCUCGAACCCGAAUCAGUCGAUGAUGUCUCAGCAGCACCUCGCCCAAACCAAUCUCUCGCCGUCCCAGCGAUCGCUUGUUGGAGGUGGAUUCGGACAGAGCACGGGGUACGAGGCGCAGUGUGGGUAUUUGGAUCAGAAUACUGCGUACGGCGAUGGAUCGCAGGGCGCGUAUGCGGACCAGAACGGUGGAUAUCUGGCUGAUCAGAAUGGAGGAUACUCCAACGACCAGAAUACGGGAUAUCCAGCCGGCCAAGGGUACGACUCGCAACCCCAGCCCUACAUCCAUACUCCCCCGAGCUUCGAGGCUUCCCCACGAUGA